CAGAGAGUGUGGUGUGCAGGAUGUUCUGGGUCCGCGGCAGCGUCCUGCGCUGGGGCUUGGAGUUCACCGUCCGCCGCGCCCCUCCAACUGUCCCGAGUUGGCCCGGAUGGGGUCCCCGGGCCUCGAGUCACCCCUGUAGCUCCAGCAGUCAGAACCCCAGAGGUUCUGAGCCCCCAGAGAAGGUUCACAGGAUCCCCGCCCAGUACAAGCCUUCGCAAUUCGACAAGAAAAUACUGCUAUGGACCGGGCGUUUCAAAUCCAUAGAUGAGAUCCCGCCCCUAGUACCGCCUGAAAUGAUAGACGUUGCCAGGAACAAAGCUCGAGUGAAAACUUGUUACAUAAUGAUCGGGUUCACAAUCAUUGCCUGCUUUGCUGUGAUUGUGUCUGCCAAAAGGGCUGUAGAACGACAUGAGUCCUUAACAAGUUGGAAUCUGGCAAAGAAAGCCAAGUGGCGUGAAGAAGCUGCACUGGCUGCACAGGCUAAGGCUAAAUGAUGCUGAAGUGUCAAAGUACUCACUCAGAAGCCAUUACUAUUAUGAGCAAUAAUAAAAGAUUGAUAAAAUAUUUGCUAUGGUUUUAUUUUGGUAACAAAAACACUAAGAUCUUCCUAAUGUUGUAGUAAACUUUUACUAACA